CUAAGCACGCCGACCAGGAAGCCAAUCGUAUGCCUCACUCGCCCGACAUAAGACGCCGGUAGAGCAUCACACCGGCAUCGAGUACAACUCAGUUUGUUUGUUUAUUUCUGUGGUGAAAUUACAACUUAGUGAAGUGAUUCGGUUGAUUGGAACCAACUUGGGACCAUGAUGGAGAACGUCAUCAUAGUUCCCCGGGGUGAAGAAUUAGGUGAGACCAACUAUGCGGUUGUUAACUUCGAUGAGGAACCCAAUGGCAAGACGAUUUUCUGCAAGCCGCAGAGUCCGAUUAAAUCCGCUGCGGAUGUGGUGACGAUCGCUCGUAGAGCUUUCCAGUCCAAUAAAACCCUUACGGUUGAGUUCCGUGAACAGCAAUUGAAGAAUCUACAAAGGAUGUAUAACGAGACCGAGAAGGAAAUGUGGGAGGCGUUGAAUGUUGACUUGCGUAAGCAUAAAUCGGAAGCUUCACUGGGAGAAACCGAGUUGUUGAAGAAUGACCUGACCAAUAUCCUCAUGCAUUUCAAGUCCUGGAUGAAACCCAAGGAUCAACCGAAGGAUAUUGCUAACUUGCUCAACGAAUUGAAAAUCUACAGUGAUCCCUUUGGAGUUGUAUUAAUCAUGGGAGCAUGGAAUUAUCCCAUGCAGUUGACCCUGCUACCUUUGGCAGGUGCAAUAGCAGCUGGUAACUGUGUGAUUCUGAAACCCUCGGAGAUUGCUUGUGCAAGUGCCAGAUUCAUCGCGGAGACAAUACCCAAGUAUCUGGAUACAGAGUGUUAUCAAGUUUUUGAAGGUGGCAUUGAAGAAACUACAGAAUUGUUAGCAGAAAGAUUUGAUUACAUCUUCUUCACUGGUAGUCCCAUGGUUGGUAAGAUUGUCCAUCAAGCCGCAGCUAAGUAUCUAACACCAACCACACUUGAAUUGGGAGGCAAAAGUCCUGUUUACAUCGAUUCCACAGCAGAUAUUGAAAUGGCUGCUUACAGAAUCAUGUGGGGGAAGUGUCUGAACCUUGGCCAGACCUGCAUUGCCCCGGAUUACAUCCUCUGCACCAAAGCAAUCCAAGAAAAAUUCAUUCAGGCAUGCAAGAAAGCAAUUACAGAAUUUUAUGGUAACAACGUUCAGAGUUCCCCGGAUCUAUGCCGGAUCAUCACAGAUAAACACUUCAAUCGCUUGGUUGGAAUGAUGAGCAAUGGUAAAAUCGCCAUGGGAGGCGGAUACGACGCCAAGGAACGAUUCAUCGAACCAACAAUCAUUGUGGACGUACACCCCAGUGAUCCCAUCAUGACCGAGGAGAUCUUCGGGCCAAUUUUACCAAUUUACAACGUGAAUUCAAUCUACGAAGCUGUGGAGUUCAUCAACAAUCGAGAGAAACCACUGGCAUUCUAUAUAUUUUCAAAAAACAAAAAAGAAGUUGAGCUGAUGUUGAAAAUGACAUCUUCAGGAGGUGUGUGUGUGAAUGAUACUUUGAUGCACAUCACCACUGAGAGUUUACCAUUUGGAGGAGUUGGAAAUUCCGGCAUGGGGAACUAUCACGGAAAGAAGAGUUUUGAUAUUUUCGUGCAUAAGAAGAGCGUCCUCAAGAGAGACUUUGCUCUGAUCCCGGAUAAAUUAACCGCGCCGCGAUAUCCGCCAUACACGGAUGCGAAGAGCAGCUUUCUGAACUUUGUCCUCAAGAAGCGCGCGGAGUUUCCGGUUACAGCUAUCCAGUAUUUACUCGUGUUCUUACUGGAGUGGUUGUGGUUGUCGUCAUGCAAAACUACGUUUUAAUUGAGCCCAACAACAAAAUUAUUUACUGAUGUUUUAAUGUUGCAAAUUAUAUGAUAUUUGUAUCACAUAUUAUUUAUAACUUAAAUGUUGUUUACGAGCGACUAGUUUGCAAAUUUAAUUAGUUAUGAUUAUGGUACUUUGCACCAUUGCAGUGCGCUUUUGCGUUCAAUUACGUUUGCAGUAAUAACUCUUAUUUAAAGAAUCAAUUGUAUGAUUUUUAGUAGCAAUUUUAGCAAUAAUUUAAUACAUAAUUAAAACUC